AUGGUUGCUACUCGAAAGCAGGAUUAUGGAGUAGGGCCAAAACAUGAUGAACACAAAGGAAAUGAAGCUGGCGGUUUUUCGGAUUCUGAGUUACCAUCUACACAAAGAAUAAAUAAAAGUGUUACUCCGCUUACUUCGAGACGGCGACGUGUCAAUAAAAAAUCUCAAGAGAAGAAACCAGUUACGAAUAAUAUUCGUAGACCUAAAACUCCUCCUGUUCGAAUACCGGACGAUCAGCCAACAGUUAUUAUUCCAGAAAAUGAAAGAUCAUUAGAAGGUCGAUCGAUCGAAAAUUUUAAUCCACAAACAGCAGAGAGACCACCAAUAAUUGAAGAUAUUCCUAUAAAUAACACACAGCAAACUCGUCAAGAGUUUUUUGUCACCAUGAUUUAUGCUAUAUGGUUAAAAUUUAUUAGUAUGAUCGCAAGCGUAUCAGUUGAAAUUCGUAAAUUCGUGGUUGGUCGUAAAACUUUAAUAUUAGUCAUAACCCUUAUAUUAUUUUUCAUUUUAUUAAAAUCAACGAAUGAUAUUGAUGAAGUCAGUAUUAUAAGUGAUAAUGAAACAAGACAAUAUGAUGAUAUUUAUGAUUUACUAUUGUUUAAAAUUGGUUCUAUGCUGGGUUCUAACUACGGUCCGAAGACAAUUCCAUCCAUGUUAGACGUACAUAUGAAUCUAGAACAAUCUUUACAAAAAGUAGAUGAGAUGUUACGAAAAACUGUACCACCAAUCGUUGAACGUGUUCUCCGUGAAAAAUAUGGUUCAAUUAUUCUUCCUGACAAAGAACAACUUAAUGAAUGGGUAAUGUCUGCUGCUCAUAGUUUAGUUCAAGAAUAUAUUAGAACUGAUAUUCGUAAUAUGCCCGAUUUUGCUCUUUCUUCAGGUGGUGCUCGUAUAAUUCAUAGUUUAACUUCUAGACCUUAUUCUGAAAUGCCAAAUACAAAAUUUCACAAAAUGUUCUCCUUAUUACUUUAUAAUGGUUAUAUUCAUGGACAUAAACCUCAUGUUGCUAUUGAUGGAAACAAUCAAAUUGGUAAUUGUUUUGCCUUUUCUGGAAUGCGGGGCCAACUUGCAAUCCAAUUAAGUAGAACAAUAUAUAUCACCUCCGUCUCAUAUCAACAUUUAGAUCGAAAUUUAGCUUUGGAUGAUACAAACAUUUUAAGCGCUCCGGCUAGAUUUGCCGUACUAGGAAUUCCAGAUGAAAAAUAUUUAUCAAAUUCAACUUCAAAAGCCCUAGAAGUAUCACAAGGUUACGUACAACUUGGUGAAUACAUUUAUGAUCUGGAAGGCCCACCUGUACAGAUAUUUCAGGUUGACCAUAAAAAUGGGAGUGAAAGAAUACCCAUAAAGAGUAUAAUAUUUAAAAUUAAUAGUAAUUGGGGACAUGAUAGGUACACUUGUUUGUAUCAAUUUAAAGUUCAUGGAAGAAAUGUUAAGAAUGUGCUGAGGCAACAUCAAAAACUUCCAUAUUCAAAAACAUUUGAAAGUACACCUGUUAGUACGUAG